CUUUUACGUCACGUUAUGUUCUGAUGCUAAAGACAAAUGUGCUGAUCAGCUAAUUGCUGUCAGUACAGAGCAGAUGGACACACAAGGUUUCCCUCCCGGAUGGACAAAAGAGACGAGACAGCGAAAGCAAGGCAAGACAGCUGGCAAACUGGACACCUACAUUAUCAGUCCUGAGGGAAAACGCUUCAGAUCAAAAGGAGAACUCCAAAAGUACCUGCGCACUGAGGAAUGUGCCCAUCUGAACCUGGAUAUGUUUGACUUUACUAGACCAAAAAAUAAAAAAUCAAACACUGAAAGGACUUCACAGAAAGAACAUAAAGAAGAAAAGGAAAAUACGAAUCAAACUGCAGAAAGUUUUGAUCCAGUAGCAGCAGUGGGAGCGGUGCAGAAUGAGGGGAUGGAGACAAAGCCGAACAGUAAUGACGACCAGAUUCAUGAGACAGAGAAUGAAAAGCAAACGCUUGUAAAAGAAGAGCAGGAAGGACUAGAGAUUGAUAAAGAAGACGCCAGCAGCAGUAAAAACGACGCCAAACUUAUGAAUGUUCCUGGUAUAAAUAUUCAUGCUGCAUCAGACAGUGAGGAGGAGGAGAAAAAGGAUGCGAGAGCAGAACAGGUUGAAGUAAAGGAAGGAAAGCAGAAGAACACUGAGACUACAAACGGGAUUUGCUCGCCCAUCAGAAGCUCACAAAACAGGACAAAGUUAUUAUUAGACAAGAAGAGAACCAGUCCAUACUUCAGGGGGAAGAGUGAUGGUCUCAGUCCUCCUAGACGUAAAGCAUUAAGAAAGUGGACUCCUCCUCGCUCACCCUUCAAACUGGUACAGGAAACCCUGUUCCACGAUCCCUGGAAGCUUCUAGUGGCCACCAUCUUCCUCAACAGGACGAGUGGCAAACUGGCAAUACCCAUAUUGUGGCAGUUUUUUGAACGGUACCCGUCUGCAGAGGUAACACAAACCAGUGACUGGAAGCCACUGGCUGAUCUCAUGCAGCCACUGGGCCUCAACGCCCUCCGAGCCAAAGCAAUCAUCCGCUUUUCUGACGAAUUCCUCACCAAAUCAUGGCGAUAUCCUAACGAAUUACACGGCAUUGGUAAAUACGGCAACGAUUCGUACCGCAUCUUCUGUGUGGGAGAAUGGAGAGAGGUCACCCCAAGUGAUCACAAACUGAACUAUUAUCACAAGUGGCUGUGGGAGAACCAGGAACGAUUAGGGAUCUGAUAUUUAAGAACAGGCAUUAGCUCUUCUUACCACUAUAUGUAAUAAGUGUAAUCAGUUGUUUUAACCAGGCACUGCCAGCAAAGCAGUGGUGUUGCAUGUCCUACAUAACGAUUCUGAAAAAUUCAGCACCAGAGUGAAUUUUACCUGAUUCUGCAGAAACCUUUGAGUCUGUAAUGAAUUCCUGAAAGAAAACAAAAGCUUUGAUCAAUAUUACAGUUCAUGCAAUAAUACACAUGAUUUACCCUCAGCUGGCACAGUGUCGAAGCCUAAUCAAGGACCAACCAAUCAGAACUGAGUAUUCACCAUAGCUUCAUUUGGGCUCCUUGAUAAUGUAUCUCAGCUGUAAUAUUGAUACACCGAUUAACCAUAACAUUAAAUUGAUACACCGAUUAAC